GGAAAUUAGAGUAUCCGUCCUUGUUAUGAUACGGGGUCUUUUCGAGAGUAUAAAACACGAAGAAUCUUUCUUAAUCGUCCAUUACGAAUCAGCCGAACAACAUCAGUUAUUUCAGUUCUUUCUCUUAUAUCAUCAAAAUUUAUUCAAAAAUCAUGAACGGACCAGUCUUCUUACUUUUAAGCGCAAUUAUUUUGGUAGCAGAAUCCAGCAUGCCACACGGUUUAAGAAUGUUUUUCCAGUCGGCAAGAUAUACGGAUGAAAAUUCUACUAGAAUGUCCAAAAUGCCAAGCAGAUUUGAGCAGCCGGAAGAGAUUAAAGACUCGGGUGUCGGCAGACUUUCCAGCCUUCAGUCUUCUAUUGAAGAAGCUAGAAAGAACUACGAUUCCGGUGACUUUGCUCUUUACACUCCACCACCCGUCAAGCACAACGAAGCUGAAUGUUAUGUUGAAUCUCAAGUGCCUCGACGCGAACCUGGUCGUUGCAUUAAACUUGCAGGAAUAACACCAGCCUGCCAAACAGAAACCUUUUUAUCACCGAACCACCACAUGUGCAGUUAGACGACACCAAAUGGAAAAAAACGAUACCAUACAGUAUAAACAGAGUAUUAUAAUGUGAUAAUUUCAGUAGAGAGACAGUGUAUUUUAGUUUUCAUUUUCAGAAGUGAGAAAAAAAGUAUGUAAGAUUAUUAUAUCGGGUCAAAUAUAACUUGUGUAUAAAAAAUAUCAUUGUUGUAAAGGCUGUAUUUUUUAUGUUGUAUUUAAAAAAACAUAUUUAUGGAGAAAUAAAUU